GCGGUGCAUUGUGGAGCCGUCGGAGCGCAGCAGGGGGUUGGAGCCCGCAGCAGCCGGGACCGGGACCGGGACCGGGACCAUGCGCCCCCAGAGCCGGGGCAGCCAGGGGCCCAGGUAGGCGGGAGCCGCAGUCAGCCCAUGGGCCCCCGCCUCCGCUGCGGCCGGGAGUGAGCGCCCCGAGCCCGGCCCUCGCGCCCCCCGCCCGCUCCGCCGCCCCCCGGCCCGGUUCCGAGCGGCACCAUGAGCGAGACGGUCGUCUGCGCCACCCGUGCCACGGUGAUGCUGUACGACGAUGCCAACAAGAAGUGGGUGACAGCGGGGAGCGGCCCCCAGGUUGUCAGCUGGGUGCAGAUCUACCACAACCCGGGCACCAACACCUUCCGCGUGGUGGGCCGUAAGAUGCAGUCGGACCAGCAGGUGGUCAUUAACUGUGCAGUAAUGAAGGGGAUGAAGUACAACCAGGCCACACCCAACUUCCACCAGUGGCGUGAUGCCCGCCAGGUCUGGGGUCUCAACUUCAGCACCAAGGAGGACGCCAACCAGUUUGCCAGUGGGAUGCUGCUUGCCCUGGACCAGCUGGAGGCGGGCUUGGCUCCGUCUGGGCCACCCCAGAACGGCCCCUCCCCAGAUGAGAUGGAGCAACAGAAAAGGCAGCAGCAGGAGCAGGAGCGCCGGGUGGCCAGUGCAGGAGCUCCAGCGACCCCUUCGGGGGGAGGCCCCCCGCCGCCCCCAGGGCCGCCACCCCCGCCAGGGCCGCCUCCACCACCCGGCCUGCCCGCCACUGCUGGGGGGCCACCCCCUGCGACUGGGGGGCCACCUCCCGCCCCUCCUCUGCCUGCUGCACAGGGCCCGGGGGCGGGAGGCGGGGGGGCCUCCGGCCUGGCAGCUGCCAUCGCAAGCGCAAAACUCAGGAAAAUCGCCAAGCAGCAGGAGGAUGGCGCUGGGCCGGCGGGGGGCAGCCCCAGCCCCGGGACGGCCCCAAAGAACGAGGCCAGCCGCGGCGGGGGGGGCGGGGGCCUGAUGGAGGAGAUGAGCGCCAUGCUGGCCAGACGGCGGAAAGCCACGCUGCCGGGCGAGAAGCCUGGGCCGAAGAAAGAUGAGGACAUUUCCAGCCAGCAAGACACCGCCGAACCCUCAGGUACUAGGACCUCGAGCCUGCAGAGCGACUUGGUGCGGAGGCCCUGGGAGAAGAACAGCUCCACCCUGCCCAGGAUGAAAUCAGCUGCCCCCAGCAGCACAGAGCCCCCGGCCAGCACAGAUGAGUCCGGCCUGGAGCGGAUCAAACAGGAGCUGCUGGAGGAGGUGCGCCGGGAGCUGCAGAAGCUGAAGGAGGAGAUCAUCGAGGCAUUCGUCCUGGAACUGAGGAAGCGGGGCUCGCCCUAGCCCCCCCAUCCCACCUGGCCGGCGGUCCCAGGGCUGCCGAGGCUCCUGCAACACCCACGGGUUUAUCGUCUUUGACACGCGCCCCGCCCCCUCACACUUGAAGCCCCUCCCCCAUGCACCCCCUCCUCCGGCCGAUGGUUACCGGGGCGCCAGCCCCACUGUGCAAUUCCAGGGGGUGGCCCAAAUUCCUGGAGAUUCCCCCCUCCCCCUUCCCUCUGGGGCUGCCCCGGGAGCUCCCAGGCUGUGCCUUACCCCUGGGGCAGGAGCAGAGCAAUAGCACCCCCUGCAGGCUGCUGCCUACCAAAGGGCCCCUCCCCCCCAGACAGCAGGGCUUGGGGGGGUCUCUGGGAGGAGUCGGCGUCGUUCCUGCCCCCCAGGAGCAGCUGCAGAGCUGCCUCCCCCUGGGGGCCUGGCAUGAUGGAGAGAUUCCCUGAAACACCCCUGCCCUGCCAGGAAUUGGGGGGCCGGGGAUCCCCCCCCACCAGUCCCGCCCUGCGCCCACUCACUGCUUCCUGGCCCCCAGCUCUGCUGGGUUCAGCUUAUUUUAUAUUUUUUUACACGGGGGGGGAGGGGGAGUUUUUUUAUCUUGGGGGUGGGGGCCCCCAGCUGGGCAGUGACAGGAACUGUCCUGAGGGGGGGUUGAUCCUUUACCCCUGGCUGGGGAGGGGCAGACUCUCCGCUCUUUUCUAUGCGGCUGUUAAUGUUCACUUUAUUUUUUUGGGUUGUUGGUUUUUUACUGAUUUCUGGGGCAUUUGUGCCCAGUACCAGGGUGAGAUGCUUUUCCCCUCCCCUGCGCCGUGCCGCCUGGCACCGGGCCCCCCCACCUGGCACCGGGCACGGACCCUUGGUACCCAGUUCUGGAAUAAACCUUUCCUUUUUGUAAGUUA